UGGGCGGCAGAGUGCCAGUUCUCCAAUACGCUGGUGAGUGUGGGGCUGAGGCUUACACACAGAGGUGGUACCUGGGUGAUGUUUGCACUGGAUGAGGGACAGGAAACUAAAGAGGUAGGCAGGACCACCCUGCAGGGGAUUGCAUGUGGGGACAUGGUGGUGGGGUGUAGGCAAUUUUGGCAACAGUCUUGCCCGAUGGGUAAGAGUCUCCCGGUGAGGGAACCCGAAGACUCCCCAACUCCCGACACUAUCCUCCUAUUCCUCUCUGUCUCACUAGCAUCUGCGACCAUGGUGACAAGCUUCUUUCCUGGCAGUCAUUGGCUUUUCUUUUCCGUGUACCUGUUGGUGUUCCUCGUGGGACUCCCCCUCAACGUGAUGGCCCUGGUGGUCUUCGUGGGCAAGCUGCGCCGCCGCCCGGUGGCCGUGGACUUACUUUUGCUAAACCUGACCAUUUCGGACCUACUCCUGCUCCUCUUCCUGCCGUUUCGCAUAGUGGAGGCGGCCUGCGGCAUGAGAUGGCUUCUGCCUUUCAUCCUCUGCCCCCUUUCUGGGUUCCUUUUCUUCACCACCAUCUACCUUACCUCCCUCUUCCUGACGGCUGUGAGCAUCGAACGUUUUCUGAGCGUGGCCUACCCACUGUGGUACAAAACCCGGCCCCGGCUGGCCCAGGCCGGUCUGGUCAGUGGCGUCUGUUGGUUCCUGGCAUCAGCUCACUGUAGUGUGGUUUAUGUCACUGAAUACUGGGGAAACGCAACCGACAGCCAGGGGACCAAUGGAACCUGCUACCUGGAAUUCCGGGAGGACCAGCUAGCUGUCCUCCUCCCUGUGCGACUAGAGAUGGCUGUGGUCCUUUUCAUGGUGCCCCUGUGUAUCACUAGUUACUGCUACAGUCGCCUGGUGUGGGUUCUGAGCCGGGGAGCCAGCCGGCGCCGGCGCAAGAGGGUAAUGGGGCUUCUUGCAGCCACGCUGCUCAUCUUCUUCGUCUGCUUCGGCCCCUACAAUAUGUCCCAUGUGGUGGGCUAUGUGCGCGGUGAAAGUCCAUCCUGGCGGAGCUACGUGCUCCUCCUCAGUACCCUCAACUCUUGUAUCGACCCUCUGGUUUUCUACUUUUCGUCCUCCAAGUUCCAAGCCGACUUUCAUCAGCUCCUGGGGAGGCUGAUGAGAGCUUGUGUGCCUUGGACUCGGGAAGUCAGCUUGGAACUGAAGGUAAAGAACGGAGAAGAGCCAUCCAAGGAGUGUCAAAGCUAG